CUAAGCAUAAACAACCGAUUUUGGUUUGCUUUGCUUUCCUUAUUAGCUUGACGAUUUGAAUUCCAUGGCGACUUCUUCUUUUUAUAAACCAUUAUUUCUGGUAAAGUGCUCCAUCGAGAAAAGACCUUCCUAUGUCUCACACAAAAAUUCUCAUCAUAAUCACUUCAAUAUACCAAUUGCUUCUGCUUUUAAGAAAAUGACGAUGAUUGGUUUGCCGGAAUUCCCAAAAAUUGUGGCAACUUCUGCUGUUAGAUUGGUUGAUGCUUUUGUGGAUUCAUUCUUUGAAUUCAUUGAUCAGCCAUUGCUUCCAUCUCAGAAUAACUUUGCUCCCGUGGAGGAGUUGGGAGAAACAAUGGUUGUGACUAACAACAUCGAUGGCCAUAUUCCGAAUGGUUUUCCUGAGGGUGUCUACAUCAGAAAUGGACCAAAUCCGCUAUUUGGAGGACUGAAAUCAACAAAUUCAAUAUUUGGAAAGACAAGUCACGUAUGGGUGGAAGGAGAGGGAAUGCUUCAUGCAUUGUAUUUCAAUUAUAAUAAUAAUAAUAAUAACAAUAAUUGGACGGUUCUAUACAACAACAGGCACGUUGAAACUGAGACCUACAAGCUUGAAAAACAAAGGAACAAACCAUCAUUUUUGCCGGCCAUUCAAGGCGAUUCACUUGCCAUUUUGUUUGCAUACCUCUUAAAUUUGUUGAGAUUUGGCAAAGUAAACAAAUACAUUAGCAACACCAAUGUGUUUGAGCAUUCAGGCAAGUUUUAUUCCGUGGCUGAAAGUCACAUCCCACAAGAGAUUGACAUCUUUACCCUCAAAACCUUAAGGAAUUGGGAUGUCAAUGGAGCCUGGAAUAGACCCUUUUGCAGCCACCCAAAGAAAGCUCCAGGUACAGGGGAGCUUGUAACAUUAGGAAUAUCUCCAAUUUUACCUUUUUGUGAACUUGGAAUAAUUUCUGCCGAUGGAAAAAAAUUGGAUCACAAAGUUGAUCUCAAACUGAACAGGUGCACCCUUUGCCAUGAACUAGGUGUUACACAGAGGUACAAUGUAAUCAUGGAUUUUCCACUAACCAUUGAUCUACUCAGACUUGUUAAAGGAGAGCAACUAAUAAGGUAUGAUAAGGAUGAAUAUGCAAGAAUUGGUGUGAUGCCACGCUAUGGUGAUGCAAGCUCAAUCAAGUGGUUUGAAGUGGAGCCUAAUUGCACCUUCCAUAUCAUCAAUUCUUUUGAGGAGGGUCACGAGGUUGUAGUAAGAGGCUGCAGAUCUCUUGAUUCAUUGAUUCCUGGACCUCAUCCGAGUUCGAGUUCGAAUGAACUCGAUUGUCUGUCUCGUUGUUACGAAUGGCGAUUGAACAUGGAAACAGGGGAAGUUAAGGAGAGAAGUCUGAUCGGACCCAAAGUAGUGUAUAUGGAUUUUCCUAUGGUCAAUGAAAACUUCAUGGGUAUCAAGAAUAGAUAUGCAUACACACAAGUAGUUGAUCCCCUUGCAAGCUCUACACAAGAUGUGCCAAAAUAUGGAGGUCUAGCAAAGCUCUACUUCGAAGAAUCAUCGAGUGAAAAGUUAUUUAUGGGAGACAAACAACAUGAUGAAGAUCCAAUAAGGGUUGAAUACCAUAUGUUUGAGAAGAACACAUUUUGCAGUGGAGCUGCUUUUGUACCGAAAGAUGGUGGUGUAGAAGAAGAUGAUGGUUGGAUUAUCAGUUUUGUUCAUAACGAAGAUGAUGCCAUAUCUCAAGUUCAUAUAAUUGAUGGAAAGAAGUUAAGUGGUGAGGCAGUUGCCAAGAUUACAUUGCCAUGCAGAAUUCCUUACGGUUUCCAUGGAGCUUUCAUGCCAAUCUCUUUUCAGGCGUCUCACUAGCACUAUGUUGUUUGUAGCCACAACCAAAUAGAUGUAAUAUUAUAGUUACACAACCACAAUAUUACAACCUUAAUAUAGCAACAAAGUUAAAGUUA